AUGACUUUCCAACAUCAAGGGGAAUUGAAUAAAUUACCAAUUCCUGACCUAACUAUGACAUGUCAGAGAUAUUUAAAUGUUUUGAAACCUCUUCAAACAGAGAAAGAACAUGAAAGAACCAUUGAAUCAGUCAAACAUUUUUUAACUGACGGAACAGGGAAAUAUUUGGAUGAACAAUUGAGAGAAUAUUCUAAAACUAGAAACAGUUAUAUUGAACAAUUCUGGUAUGAUUCUUAUUUAAACUAUGAUUCUCCCGUAGUUUUGAAUUUGAAUCCUUUUUUCCUUUUAGAAGAUGAUCCUUUCAAUAAUGAAUCCAAUUCAAUGAAUCCUCAAGUUAAAAGAGCUGCUUCCCUUACAUUAUCAUCAUUAAAAUUUAUCAGAGCUUUGAAAAAUGAAACUUUACCUCCAGAUAAAUUGAAAAACGGUCAAGUUUUAGAUAUGUAUCAAUAUUCUAGAUUAUUUGGAGCUGCUAGAAUUCCAACAGAUGAAGGAUGUGUGAUGCAAUCAGACCUUAAUUCCAAUCAUAUUGUGGUAUUAUCAAAAUCUCAAUUUUAUUGGUUUGAUGUCUUAAAUGGUAAUAAUGAUUUGAUUUUAAAUGAAUCUGAUUUGAUCAUUAACUUUAAUUCCAUUAUUAAAGAUUCUUUAAAUACCAAUGCUAAUGAAAUUGCUAAAUCUUCAUUUGGGAUUUUAACUACCGAAAAUAGAAGAAUUUGGUCAAAAUUAAGAAAUACAAAUCUUAAUAAUAAUACUAUUAAUAAGGAAAUUGUUCAAAUUAUUGAUUCUUCAUUAUUCAUAUUAUGUCUUGAUGAUAUUAAAUUAUAUGAUUUAAGUGAUUUAUCUAAAAAUAUGUUAUGUGGAUUAUCAAUCUUAGAUAAAGGUAUUCAAGUAGGUACUUGUACUAAUAGAUGGUAUGAUAAAUUACAAAUCAUUAUUACACAAAAUGGGAAAGCUGGGAUUAAUUUCGAACAUACUGGAGUUGAUGGUCAUACAGUUUUAAGAUUUGUUUCGGACAUUUAUACCGAUUCGAUAUUGUCGUUCGCCAACCAAAUUAAUCAAAAUUCUCCUAAUUUAUGGAAAGAUGAUUUACCGGCUAAAACUGCCGAUUUAAAAGAAUCUUUAAUAACAAUCCCCAGAAAAUUAGAAUGGGAUUUAACUCCAGAUUUAUCAUUAGCUUUAAGAUUCGCUGAAACAAGAUUAAGUGAUUUAAUCAAUCAAAAUGAAUUUAGACAUUUAGAAUUUAAAAAUUUUGGAUCUUCUACAAUUAAAAAUAUGAAAUUUAGUCCUGAUGCUUUUAUUCAAAUGGCUUUCCAAGCAACUUAUUAUGCUUUAUAUGGUAAAGUUGAAUGUACUUAUGAACCUGCUAUGACCAAACAUUUUUUCCAUGGAAGAACUGAAGCUAUUAGAACUGUUAGUCAAGAAUCUAAUCUUUUUGUUAGAAAAUUCUUUGAUCCUUUGGUUGCUAAUAAAGAUAAAUUGGCAUUUUUAUCUAAUGCUUGUAGUUAUCAUUCAAAACAAACAAAAUUAGCUUCUAAUGGUGAAGGGGUUGAUAGACAUUUAUAUGCAUUGUUUUGUAUUUGGAAACGAUACAUUGAAGAUGAUCAACAUAUUCAUGAUGAUAAUGAUUCUGAUCAUACUAUUCAAAAUGAUAAUACUACUACUAAGGCUAAUCUUAAAGAAAUUCCUUCAAUAUUCGCUGAUCAAGGUUGGGAUAAAUUGAAUAAUACUAUAAUUUCAACUUCAAAUUGUGGUAAUCCUUCAUUAAGAUUAUUUGGUUUUGGUCCGGUAAGUGCCAACGGGUUUGGUAUUGGAUAUAUCAUUAAAGAUGAUUCUAUUUCUAUUUGUGCUUCUUCUAAACAUAGACAAACUUCAAGAUUCUUAAAUACUUUAGAAUCUUAUUUGAAUGAAGUUUAUCGGAUUUAUAAGGAAGUUAAUUCUCCUCAAGCUGUAUUAUCUUCACCAAUUGAAACUAAAUUAUCAAAUAUCACCAAUAUUAAUCGUCCAUCACCUAAAUCUUCUACUAGUGAUUUGAUUAAUGUGGUUAAACCUUUAGAACCAAAACCUUCUAAUUUGUCCACCCUAUUGGGAGGUUAUGGAUAUUUCGAUAUGGGAGAAGAUGAUAUUAAAUCAAGAGGUCCUAGUCCUGAACCACCAUUCUUGCAUAGAAAUAAUAGUGGAUUCUCUAUCCGAGAAAUCGGUAAGAAACUUAGAUUGUCUGAAUACUAA